AUGGGCACCAGUCAGCAGCAAAUAGAUACUAAGGAUAAGGACAUAGAAGUAACACAGAAAUUCAUUCAAAAAGAACUGGAAAACCAACACGAUAAAAUCAUUACAUUAGAUUUGGCAACACUUGACAAAAUUCCUGAUCAGCUGUAUAAUAUCCUUAGAGUGGCCAGUACUCAAAAUUACACUCAAUUUACGCUGCUAAAUUGUAUUGUAUUAUAUUCUGCUUAUGAGAGUUCAUUAAUUGGUGAUUGGUGUCAGAUUGAUUUAUCAAACUAUACAUUAAGCUGGUGUUCGGCUUUUAAUCAAAGAAUAUUGGAGCACUGCACAUUUCCAAAAGAUAUCUGCAUUAAUAAUAAUCUGCUUCAAUUAACAUUCAAAUUCACACUGGAACAAAGUCGCAAGAUUGUAUUAAAUUCUUUGGAGAGUGGCGACUUUGCACUAUUGAGCAUCUAUGAAUUAAAGGAUCUUGACAAAACACAUUUCGUGCAGAGUAAAUCCAUUACACUUCCGAUAUCGAGAUAUGUACCGUUCAAGAAAUUAUGUGAUCAUGUGCCAAAUUCAUUUAGAAACUUAAAGGAAUUGUCGGUUUUGUUAAAAGAAAAUUUAUUCAUACCCAUCCGAAAUCAAAUGUACGAUGAUUGUGCAGUACUGUCGUGUCCGUGGCUUAAUGGAUUGCCCGAUUGUGUUCUAGUCAAGAUUCUCAAGUAUUUAAAUAAAAAGGAUCUUCAUAGCUUAAAAUGUACAUGUCGCAAACAAUAUGAUUUAUGUAAAGCUUUUGCUUCCAAUAAAAAACGGAAAUUUGAAUAA